GAUCCGUGAGUGGACAACUUCUUAUUUCUGAAAGACCACGCAAAGACUCGGGAGACGCAAAGAAGAACAUUGAAACUUCAAGAAACUUCAAGGUUCCAGUCCAGAGAAAUAACUGUACCUGAACUCUUAGGCUGCGCUGAAAAUGGUUGUCAUGCUGAAACCCUGGACCGUCAUCGCUACUCUCCUCUUCUGCGUGCUCCUGUGUAUCGGGACAUUUGUGGACGCCUAUCCGCCUAAACCAGAGAAUCCCGGAGAUGAUGCUCCUCCGGAGGAACUCGCUAAAUAUUACACCGCGCUGAGACACUACAUCAACCUCAUCACGAGACAACGGUAUGGAAAAAGGUCCACUUCGGAGGAUAUGAUGGCUGAGUUGCUGUUCGGAGAUGACACAGAGCACAAACAGAGAUCAAGAUAUGAUGACUCUUAUAUGUGGUGAAGUUCAGUGACCCCUGUGUCGCCUGUCCUGAGCUAAGUCCACCUGUGCCUCCCACAGAAAACCUCCAGUCACCAUCAGACAACCUCAUCCACAUCUUUAUUGAAUACAUCCUCUCUUUUUCUUUCAUGCGCACAGAACAAAUAUCAUUAACAACUGUACAUAAUAUAUUAUAAUAGGAACUAACAAUGGAAAUGUAUAUGUGUAUACUUCAUUGUGUCAUACAGAAAUUAGGAGUUUUUGUUUGUACCAUGUAAAUUAUUCUAUGUGAUUAAAAGUUUAU